CUCUCUUAUUGCAGCUCAAAUGAUGAGACAUAUGAAAGAAGUCCGAGGCAGAAAUCAAACAGAAGUGGCAGAGUUUAUCCUCUUAGGACUUUCAGACAAUCCAGAUAUACAAGGUGUCCUCUUUGCAUUGUUUCUGUCCAUCUAUUUGGCCACCAUAGUGGGUAAUUUGGGGAUGAUUGCAUUGAUUAAGAUUGAUCCCUGUCUCCACACCCCCAUGUACUUCUUUCUCAGCAGCCUCUCUUUUGUUGAUGCCUCUUACUCUUCUUCUGUCACUCCCAAGAUGCUGGUGAACCUUGUGGCUGAGAAUAAGGCCAUUUCUUUUAAAGGAUGUGCUGCCCAGUUCUACUUCUUUGGCUCCUUCCUGGGGACUGAAUGUUUCUUGCUGGCCAUGAUGGCUUAUGACCGCUAUGCAGCCAUAUGGAACCCCCUGCGAUACCCAGUUCUCAUGUCUGGGAGAAUUUGCUUCUUACUAGUAGUGACCUCAUUUUUAGCAGGCUUUGGAAAUGCAGCCAUACACACAGGGAUGACUUUCAGAUUGUCUUUUUGUGGGUCUAACAGGAUCAACCACUUCUACUGUGACACCCCACCCCUGCUCAAACUCUCGUGCUCUGACACCCACAUCAAUGGCAUUGUGAUCAUGGCUUUCUCCAGUUUUAAUGUCAUAAGCUGUGUUACGAUUGUCCUCAUUUCCUACCUGUGCAUCCUCAUUGCCAUCUUGAAGAUGCCUUCAUCAGAGGGCAGGCAUAAAGCCUUCUCCACCUGUGCCUCCCACCUCAUGGCUGUCACCAUAUUCUUUGGGACAAUUCUCUUCAUGUACUUGCGUCCCACAUCUAGUUACUCUAUGGAGCAAGACAAGGUUGUCUCUGUCUUUUAUACAGUAAUAAUCCCCAUGCUGAAUCCCCUCAUCUACAGCUUGAAAAAUAAGGAUGUGAAAGAAGCCCUAAAGAAGGCUUUACAGAAACACGUAUUGUGAAUCCUGUUGUCUGCCAU